AUGCCACUCAGGGUGAUGACGGGGCGGAUGGAUGCGAAGAUGGACGAACAAAUGGUGGGCGAGGAGGCAAGGAGUGGGAGAAGGAAGGUGCACAAAGAGCAGCGGGAGUGGGGCCUGCAUUUUCAAGUAGCCCUCUUUGUCCCCUCACUCUCCUCCGACAACACGCUUCUCCCCCCUCCCUCCACCUCCUCCCCCUCUCCUCUUCCCCCAUCCCACUCUCCUGGACCCACGACUGGGAUGCCGAUGCAAAGGUCACUGCACCUGGUGGGAGAUGUGCUGCGUUUCUCCCCUGCAGUCUUUCCCAACCUCAACCAACCAUUUCUCACCACCAAGCAAAGAAGAUCACGAUAUAUUGGUGCUGCUCCGCUCCCUGGUGCUUCGAUCGGUGCUGCUCCACUCGGCGGCGCUUCGCUUGGUGCUGCUCCGCUCGCUGGUGCUUCGAUCGGCGCCGCUCCGCUCGGAGGCGCUUCGCUUGGUGCUGCUCCGCUCGAUGGUGCUUCGAUCGGCGGAGCUGCGCCGCUCGCUGGUGCGUCAAUCGGCGGAGCUCCGUUGCUCGGCGGCGCUUCGCUUGGCACUGCUCCGCUCGCUGGUGCUUCGAUCGGCACUGCUCCGCUCGGCGGUGGGAAGCUUGGGGCAGCUUCGCUCGGCGCUGCGUCGCUCGGAGGCGCAUCGAUAGGAGCUGCUUCAAUCGGUGGUGCUUCGCUCGGUGCUGCUCCGCUCGGCGGUGCGUCGAUAGGAGCUGCUCCGCUCGGUGGUGCUUCAAUCGGCGGAGCUCCGCCACUCGGCGGUGCUUCGAUCGGCGGCAUUCCGCUUGCCGGUGCUUCGAUUGGCGGAGCUCCACUUGGCGGUGCUUCGCUUGACGGUGCUUCGAUCGGCGGUGCUCCGCUGCUCGGUGGAGCUUCGAUCGGCGCUGCGUCGCUCGGCGGCGAUCCGCUCGGCGGUGCUCCAAUCGGAGCCGCCUCUACCACCAGGCAGGAGAAAUCAACAACCAAAGAUCCCCUGGAGGCAUAG